AUGAAGGCAAAUGGGAAUAUCAGACUGUGUGGAGACUACAAAGUAACCCUCAAUCCCCAUUUGGUAAUACCAGAACACAACAUGCCCCGCAUUGAUGAUAUUUUGGCCAGAAUGGAGUUUGAAAAAUUUCUUAAAUCUAACGGAAUUAGACACAAGAGAUCAGCACCUUACCAUCCUGCUACUAAUGGCCAAGUAGAACGCUAUGUACAAGACUUGAAAGAUACUAUCAGAGCCAUGCACUUUGAGGAAGGCUCAGUUGAGUUGAAAUUACAGAGAUAUUUAAUGGCCUAUCGAAGAGCUCCACAUAGUACUACAGGACAGUCUCCUUCACAUCUCUUUAUUGGACGUCAAAUUCGAUCAAGACUUGACUUAUUGUAUCCUGAUUUGUCACAAAAAAUGAACCAAAAUUUUGACUCAAAAUCAUAUUCUGACAGGCAAAAAUCAUUUAAAGCUCAAGACCCUGUUGCUUACCGCCUCUAUGGGACCUGCAACAAAUGGGGUUUUGGAAAGAUCAAUAGAAAAGAAGGACCAAGAAAUUAUGAAAUAUCCACAAGCAGUGGCACAAUCAGACGUCAUCAAGACCAAAUUAGACGUUCAGGGCGAAACUUGUGUGAGUUUUCAUUAAGGAAUGAGCAAAAUCAAGUAUUCAUACCAACAAAUUUUGGAGGAGUCCAUUUUGGAGGAGUCAGAGAGGAACCAACCGAAAACCACGCAACAAAUGAUCACAACAUACCAACCGAAAACCACAUAACAAAUGAUCACAACAUACCAGAUGUUCCAGAGGCCAACGAUCACAACAUACCAGAUGUUCCAGAGGCCAACGAUCACGACAUAUCAGAUGUUCCAGUGGCACCAACUCCCGCUAUUACAGUGAGACGUUCAAAAAGGACACAUAAACCCGUGGAUAGACUCAAUUUAUGA